ACAUCAUGUACCUAUCAAAAAAGAGGAAAAUUUUGUUAUUGUAGAUUUAACCACUAAUGUCUUUCAAAUUGUCGUUAUUUAUAUUUACAAUUUUACCGUUAGUUUUUCUCUUAAAAUUUAGUGACUAUUAUAUUAGUUCGUUUCUUAUUCUAAAGAUAAUUAAUUGUAUGAGUGAGAUGUCACAUUGAAUGAACUUCGAGGUGGAUCGCUACUCAUCUGCUUGGGCACAUAUCGCCCUUUGUGCGGAUCUCACAUGGGCCACGGAGCCCCCCGAUGACUUUAUCAUAGCAAACCAGCGCCUUUGGGCACAACAUUGUCGCGUUUCACAAGUUCUACAAGAUACAGCAGUAGAAUCGUCACAGGUUUUACAACAUAAUCAAUGCGAACUUACAGAGUCACAUACUACUCCGAGUCCUGAAAAUGGAAACUGUUCCCGAAGAAGCGUAAAAGAUGUAAUACCAGAGUCGAGGUUGGCGCAAUAUUACGGAAACUUCUAUUAUGACGAAGUCAGAGAAAAUUGUUACAAGAUCACAAAUGACAAAAUAUCUGGACGUGGUUAUAGCGGUCAAGGAUGUGAAAAUUCUGAUUUAACAGAAUGCUGGAUGUUACCAGAGGUAGAAUAUUGGUUUCGGAAACUAAUGGACGAUCCUGCUGAUCGUAUUCUGCUGCCCCGACGCCGAAGACAGUACAGGAUGCCUAUUGAGGACGAUUUGUGCGUUCUUUUCACAUUUAAUUACCGUUUACAUUUCACAGCAUACAAAAGCCAUUACAUUUAAAAUUUUCAGUUUGACACGCCGAGACCUCCACACAUGACAGAAUGCCAACGGGCUUUGGGAAGACUAUCAGCUAGUGUUCAAGCUAUCAUGCGAGCAAAUGCAGCUCGCUGCCCGAUGUAUCGAGGUACAAAUGUAAGCCGGUAUGUUCCAACUGGACAAAGACCAUUGCGUUGUCCGGAUCGACGGUACGGAAUCUGGUGGCCGAGGGAUCAUCCCUCGAGAGUAGAAAAUCGCUUGCAACUGCCUCCAAGUCUUAACAUCCCAGACACUAGCAGUUCAAAAACAGUUAAAGUCAAUGCUGAUAACGCGGAGAAUGGGGAAACUAAAGAUACAAAUGAUAAAACCUCCCCAAGAGAACAAGUCAAGGAAUCGGAAUCGACUACAGACAAUACUGUAGAAAAAUCGGAAAAUGCUAAAGCUAAAGAAAAAAUAGUUAACGAUGGUCAAGCUCCUUCUACAAGUGCAGCCGCUUUAGAUAGUGGAUUGAGGAAAAAACGACUUUACAGCACUGUGUUAAGCAUGAGUGCGCCGUCCCCUAUCACUAUAACCCCUUCAGGUUGCGUCAGAUUAUCACAAAAACUGGUUACGCCGGGACUCAUUAAGUUGAACCCUAAAGUUGUUCUACCGACAAGAAUACGACCACCUAAUGUAGAAGUUAAAUUUGAAGAACUCGAAAAGGAGGCAUUAGAACAAUACAAAGCAUCUGAUGAGAGCAUAGACACGAAAUUUCGAGAAUUAGAAAAGCAAGCGGUGGAACAAUACAGCACGAGCAAUAGCAAUACAAGUUGCAGUAGUGGCAAUUCAACAGAAAAACGCACACCCAGCAAUCCAACGAUACCAGAGACAACUCAGAAAUCUAGAAAGCAAAUGUCAAAAUUUCAUAAAGACGCUUCCGUUGAUAGUGUUGUCAUAUACUCGCAAAAUUUUCCCGAUCUUAACACCAAAAGUCACACCAACACUUCUAUCAAUUUAAAAAACUUCCACAACCCCCCGAGGGGGGAAAAAAAGGAAAGCUACAGAUCCAAUAAGAAUUCGCGGAGUUUCAAAGGAGAUUGGCAGCGGGCAGCGUCCGAUACAGAUUACGAAGCUAAACCUAAUCAUAAGGGAAGUCACAAGGGUCCGUUAAGAUGGACCUUACAUGUGAUGCCACCUAAGAAGAGACAUUUAACAGUCUGUGCUUCAGAUUUUUCUUCAGAUGAAGAUAUGGAAGAAGCGAGUGGUUCUAUCAAAGAUGCUGGCCCGUGUAUUAAGAACCGAGUUACCGGCAAAGUGAAAAUGUCCGCCCAUGGCGGAGGAGAUUUGAAUCCUAUCAUGAGGAAAGCCUAGGUUAAAUAAUGUCUUGAAUGUUUGAUGACAAUAUGAAAUCAUAGUCUACUAUUUAUAAUAGAAUUAUGUGAGGAAACUGUGCUUUAGAUUUCGUAAGCGUCUUCCGCCUUUGUAAUUUUUGAUAUGAUUUUGUUACGUCGAGUUUUGUGAGAUCCAAACGAAAGCAAAUGUGUAUCGAACUGUGUCGAGGCCAGCCCAAGGCUCUAAUUAAACCUGGUGAGGUUGUUUUAGCAAUGUGGUCGUUUUACUAGUCAUAAAUGAUUUGUAUAUACGGUUUUGUAUUUUUGCAUUUAUUAACAUAUGAGUAAGAUAAAGGAUUGCAAUUCAUACAAAGAGAUGUAUGAAGUUAAAAUUCCUUAGGUGUUAACCAAAAUAAAUUUUUAUAUGGAAUAUUAA